AUGAUGAAGUUUUCAAUAAAUUUUGUUUUUGAUUUAGCUUAUUUAGUUUGAUUUUUUAGAUUAGCUCAGGCUUACUUUAAUAAAUUAUUAGGUCUCUGGUUUAUAUCUUGGCUAAAAGAAGCAUUUAGAUCUCUUGCUGAGUUUAUUGUGUUUAAGGCUUAUUAUAACUCACCAAAACAAUUGUCCCUAGCUUUAAGAUAA